UUCAAAUAAGCAUGAAAAAGAGAGACGGGUGUGAGCAAAGAAGGAGAAAGAAAACAAUGUGAAAGGCAAGGAAACAACAACAACAAAGAAAGACCAUGGGCGUUCAACACUACUGGCUGCUGCUGUUGUUGGUCGACUGCCGGGAACGGAUUACAGGUAUAAAUGGCAUCAGUCCAUUUAUAAAGCAUUAUGAGGGCUUGUCAUACGACAAGGAGGAUCUGCACAAGAGGCACCUGAGAGCCAGGAGAGCCACACAACAUCAGGAACACACACUGAAGCUAGACUUUACUGCUUUCCACAGAACCUUUCGUCUGCGUUUGAAACGCAAUUCAGCAGGGUUUUCUGAAAGUUUCAAGACGGUCUUUGAGAAUGGUUCCACAUCAGCUGACCUCUUCCACAUAUAUUCGGGAACACUAGAAGGUGAACAUGGCUCAGCCUGCCAUGGCUCUGUGUUACAGGGUCAGUUUGAGGGAACCAUCCACACAGACAACGGGACUUAUUACGUAGAGCCAGUGCAUAGAUACAACAGCAACAAGACAGAUCACCACUCGAUGAUCUACCAUGAGGAUGACCUAGUCCUGCCAUCCAUGAAAACUGGACCUGUUGGAUUCUGUGGUGCAGAACAUUUAAACCGCCUCGCCCAAAACCUCGGAAAUGACGAGGAGGCAGCAGUGAGCCGGUCAAGGAGAACAGUGGAUCAGGCUAAGACCACUUGCCUUCUCCAUUUCCAUGCUGACCAUCUCUACUACAAGAAGUUCAAGUCUGUUGAAGCUGUGGUGGCUCAGGUUGCCUCCUACAUGCGAGCUAUAAACGACAUCUACGACAAGGUGGACUUUGAUGGCAUCAAGCUAAUCAACUUCCAAGUGAAAUCCCUCAAAGUGAUGACGGAGGAGGAUAAAAAGAAUCCUCUAUAUCCUCUGUAUAUCGGGCCUGAGAAACUGUUGAGUCUGUACUCGGAGAACGACUGGGGAAACUUAUGUCUGUCCUACCUGCUCACUAACAGAGACUACAGCGGAGUGCUCGGACUUGCCUGGGAGGGAAAGACCGGUAACUGGGGAGGAAUAUGUUCAAAGCAGACCACCCUGCGUAAUGGCCGGACCUCCACACUGAACACAGGCCUGGUCACUAUUCAGAACUAUGGACAGUUCCUGCCCCCUCGACAAGUCCAGCUAACACUCGCUCAUGAGCUCGGCCACAGCCUCGGAUCCCCGCACGAUGAGGGCCAAAAUUGCGGAAACCUGGGCUCCAGUGGUGGUAAAGGCAGUUACCUGAUGUUCCCUUACGCCUCAGACGGGGUGCAUGAAAACAACGACAAAUUCUCCCCCUGCAGCCUCAAACACAUCAGCAAGAUCCUGAAGCUAAAGAAGGACGACUGCUUUGUGGUCAGUGAUCAACCCAUCUGUGGAAACAAGAUUGUAGAGAAAGAUGAGGAGUGUGAUGUCGGCGACAACGACAAAGAUCUCUGCUGCUUCAGUUCCAAACAGACUAUAGGAGUCCAGUGUCGACUCAGGCCUGGUAAAGCCUGCAGUCCCAGUCAGGGCCUGUGCUGCGGUCAGAACUGUGAAUUCAAGCAGUCGGGUCAGACCUGUGAUGAGGAGACAGACUGUCAGAGAGAGAGUGUUUGUUCAGGCUUCUCCUCGUUCUGCCCCGAGCCAGGCAACAAGGAAAACAUGACAGUCUGCAGUCAGGGCACACGUGUCUGCCUAAACGGGGUCUGUGCUGAGUCCCUGUGUGUGAAGCACAACCUACAGCAGUGUGACUGUCCGGGUGACUCCGUGAAGGACAAAUGCCACCUGUGCUGCCAGCGGCCUGAUAAGCCUGAGACCUGUGCCAGCACUAUCUCCUCUGUGCUGCGCAAUCACUUCCAGGAAAAGUUGUUGCCCUUGGUUGGCGGGACUCCGUGCUCAGGGAACCAGGGAUACUGUGACAAAUUCCAAGUUUGUCGUUUGCUGGAUGCAGAUGGUCCCAUAGCAAGACUGAAAAACUCCUUUCUGAAUUUGGAUGACUUUGAUGACUUAGCAGAGUGGAUGAAGGCUCAUUGGUGGGCCAUCCUGCUGGCCAUCCUGACUGUGUCCGGAGUCAUGGGCUGCACAGUCUGCCUCUGCGGCCGCACUCUGGACUCUGAACUUUGACUGACCUCUGGCUUUUGAUCCCUGUCACCUCUUGGAAUAUGAAUAUCAUCCUGUUGGUGAAUAUUUUUUUGUAAGGAAUCAUUAAUCUAUAAUUCAAUCAUAUUGAAGAGUCAAGGAAACAUCAAAGAGCUCAGUGAACUUUGCUCCACAUGUAAACCAGCGUGUCAUCUGUAUAUGACUUUUUUAAGACACUCACACCUGCUCAUUGCCUCUCACUCUGCUUGUUAGCUGAUAUCUUUGCACGUCAUUAUGCAUCUGUCAUCUCAUUUCUUGGUGUGACUUGUCUGUGCCCAUUUCAUCAACCAGUCAGGGUUAACUGUGACGCAUCUAUUGUGGUAAACGUUGCUGUUGCUACGAGUUGUGGGUCAGUUGACACCCUUUAGAGGCCACAUCGCAACAUGCACCUACAGAGAUUUAUAGCGCCCUGUCUGGAACAGAUUCAUCUCCCUUGUUUUACCCUUUAGUGUCCUUGCUGAUAUAUCUGAAGUGAAGUGUUAAUUUCAGCCUUCAUGCCCAUCCAGUUUUCCAUCCUCGAGAUACUUGAUCAACAAUAACGUCACAGGAGAGUGAGAUGACAAGUAGAAAUUGGGCAUUCUCUUGAAAUGACAUUUGGCCUCAACUUCUUUGUUGUUAUUUAUAUUGUUAACAAAGUACAAAGAUGCUGACUUUAAAAAAAUAAA